UUUCCUGCCGCUGCUUCCUAGGUCCUUACCUUCAAGGCUCCAACGAUUGCCUUGGCUCCUCUCAUUCUCUCUCCCCAUUCAAUUCUUUCUUUAUUUCGGUGCGUCCGAUUGCUCCCCGUUUCAUCUCAUUUCAUUCACUGCUCCUGAUUUUCUCAUAUCUCCCUAUCCUUCUUUUUGGCCAAGAUCUGCGUUAAUCUUUGUGUCGGUGGUUCAAUCCUCCCCUUAUUUUCAGCCAAGCUCCCUCUGUGCCCCAUCCCAUCUCAACCCUCGACCUUUUCUGAUAGAUCGACCUCUAUCCCGAAUUCCCAGAAUCGAGCUAUCGCGAUGAUGCCCUGCAGUGUCUCUUCUCAAUUGAUUUCUAAGUUGUUCACACUGCUUAACCUCUGAUUUCCUCGGGAUUUUGUCACAUUGGGAGGUGAAUUUGGUGAAAUAGUAGCGCUAUGUCGGGGAUUCGAUUCGACGCCACCAAGCAGUACUACACCACGAGCAGUCUCGUGGUUGGGUAUGCACUCUGUUCCAGCUUGCUCGCCAUCAUAAACAAGUAUGCUAUUACUCAGUUCAAUUACCCUGGCCUUUUAACUGCAUUGCAGUAUCUGACUUCCGCACUUGGGGUGUGGGUCUUGGGGAAGUUGGGAUUUUUACAUCAUGAUCCUUUCACAUUGGAAACUGCCAAGAAAUUUUUCCCAGCUGCUGUCGUAUUUUAUCUGGCAAUCUUUACCAAUACGAAUCUUCUCCGUCACGCAAAUGUUGACACUUUCAUAGUGUUUAGAUCCUUGACUCCCCUUCUGGUUGCUGUAGCCGACACUGCUUUUCGGAAGCAACCGUGCCCUUCAAAACUCACAUUCUUGUCGCUGGUCAUCAUUCUGGGCGGAGCUGUUGGGUAUGUGGCCACUGAUUCUGCAUUUUCGCUGAUGGCUUAUUCGUGGGCGUUUGCUUAUUUGGUAACAAUUACUACUGAGAUGGUGUAUAUCAAACAUAUGGUGAUGAAUCUUGGAUUGAACACUUGGGGAUUCGUUCUGUACAAUAACUUGUUGUCACUGAUGAUGGCUCCAAUAUUUUGGUUUCUGACGGGAGAGAAUGUUGAAGUUCUUGCUGCUUUGAGAUCUAACUCGGGCCAUUUAUUUGAAGCCCCAGCAUUUGCUGCAGUAUCAUUGUCAUGCGUAUUUGGCUUGCUCAUCAGUUUCUUUGGCUUUGCAGCUAGAAAAGCUGUUUCCGCAACAGCAUUUACCGUCACUGGAGUGGUCAAUAAGUUUCUUACCGUAGCCAUUAACGUGACUAUUUGGGAUAAGCAUGCCAGCCCAAUCGGUUUGGUUUGUCUGCUUUUUACCAUUGCAGGGGGAAUUCUUUAUCAACAGUCAGUUACUCGAUCUACUAAAGCUCCACCACAGCGUGAUGCACUAGUGUCUAAGCAGCCAGAUAUUGAAAAUAAUCAUGAUGAUGAUGAUUUGGUGGAUCAGGAUCAACGAAAGGCCGUGCAUGCGGGAGGGCUGCCUCGUGAUAAUCCUGCACAAUAUUGCGGUUGAGGUGGGCUUUGUUAUGAGAGGGACAGGUACCAGGGUUUUGAGGUUACAAGUGGAAUUAAACCUGCUACCUUUUACUUAUGGAGGAGCUUACGUUCCUACUAGGUGAUAAGGCCAUUGGCACUCUGAACAUGAUAUUGCGUGAUGUUAUGCUAAUAGGACAAGGGGUAAUGGUUGGGAGUGGUAGAUAUAUUAGGUUCUAUUGCUAUUGCUACUUAGGAAAAAUUGUCUGAAAUUGGAUUAUUUGUCAUGGGCACUGGCCUCAAGUCUCUCACAAAUUUGUUCAUUAUCUUGUAAGUAUGCUGUGUUAUCUGUCAAGUCAGUCAUAUGGCAACGUUUGAUUUGAUGUUAAACAUUUAGUGGUUGAUUUAACUUACUCUAACCUUAAUAUUAUUUUUUGGCUAGUAUGUUACUGUUAUUUGAUAUUGCGACAGAACUUGCUGUUGAGCAGCAGCAAUAAAGCCAUCGGUCGAGAGUUUCACAACUAGCUGUUAGACAUAAGGAUUUCUUGUUUCUUCUUGUUGUAAUCAAAACACAAUGUCAGUGACACCCUGAUAGCCCCAUUCACAAACAUAAAAAGAUGAGUAGCCAAUAGGUUCUCAGGCUGAUCAAGUAUGGGGUUGGUUGGGAGAGACAGACUUGAAGGUAAGAGAUAACAAAGUGUGUUUGAUGGCCAUUUUAUGGAGUAUUAUGACAUACGAGGUAUUUUGUCCAA